AUGCGGAUGCAGCCCUCGUGCCCCGGCGAGACAGGCAGGUAGUGAUGUGGCCGCGGUCCGCGGCGGAGCGAUCUGCGCGACGACAAAGAGACGAGAUGUUGUUAGCAGGGAGAUCCCAUUACCGAGGACGCAUGUUGUAAUAUGGUCGAAACAAAAGCCGGAUUUAUAGGCUACUCGCGUGGGAAAUGGAGAAGAAAAGGUGGGAUUGCACUGCUCUCCCCAAGGGCUGGAAAAUGGAAGAAGUGACCAGAAAGUCGGGUUUGUCAGCCGGAAAAAGCGAUGUCUAUUAUUUUAGUCCAUCUGGGAAGAAGUUUCGGAGCAAGCCUCAGCUGGCCCGUUACCUUGGUAACCAGAUGGACCUCAGCUCCUUCGAUUUCCGCACGGGGAAGAUGCUCAUGAGCAAGCUGAAUAAGAACCGCCAGAGGCUGCGAUAUGAUAACAAUAACCAGAACAAGGGCAAACCCGACCUGAACACGUCGCUCCCUGUCAGACAGACGGCCUCCAUCUUCAAGCAGCCCGUCACCAAGGUUACCAACCACCCGAACAACAAAGUAAAGACGGACCCUCAGAAAGCCGUCGAUCAGCCCAGACAGCUAUUUUGGGAGAAGAAACUCAGUGGUCUCAGUGCUUAUGACAUCGCAGAGGAGCUGGUGAAGACAAUGGAGCUGCCUAAAGGCCUGCAAGGUGUCGGCCCAGGCUGCACAGACAAGACUCUCCUGUCGGCCAUUGCCAGCGCCCUGCACACCAGCGCCGCGCCCAUCACCGGCCAACUGUCCGCGGCCGUGGAGAAGAACCCUGGAGUGUGGCUCAACACGGCUCAGCCGCUGUGCAAGGCCUUCAUAGUUACGGAUGAGGACAUCAGGAAACAGGAGGAGCUGGUGUACAGCGUGAGGAAAAGGCUGGAGGAGGCUCUGAUGGCUGAUAUGUUGGCCCACGUCGAGGAGGCUGCCAACGAUGGAGAGGCUCUGAAGGAGGAGGGCAACGGCAGUGAAGACAUGGAGAGCGUAUAGCACAGGGUUUUGCGAAGUCCGGAUGGGUUUGUUGAAAUCCCUGCACACACACGCACACACACACGACCAUGACCCGUAGGAUCCCUACAGCAGUCCAGCCCUGAUGAACUGUCCCCUUGUAUCUGUGUCCAACUUUAAACCCAUAACCUGCCUCGACCUAAAGAACUGUCUUCUCCUUGGGAACACUUGGGAGUUUCAGAGUCCUCUUUACCUCCACUAGAUGGGACCCCACAACUCCAAAACCAAUUAAAUCACUUGAUGGAAUUCUGAGCUUUUUUCCCCGCUAGGAAAAUAAAUAUUUUAAAGAAAUGACAUCAGAUGCACUUGCGAAUAUCUAAGAUAACUUAUGAAAAGUAUGUCCCACUCAGUGUUUGAUAAUAAUGGUGUUUUUUUUACAAAAAAAGGAUGGGGAUGUAUUUUUGGUGACAAUCGUGUCAAAUCCACCAUUUUAUGUCAGCAAAAAUAGGCCAAUCUUGGGUGCUUGUGUUUUGGGCAGAUGGGAAAAGAAUGUUUUGUAUUUUUUGACUUGUCUCUGUCUUGAAUUUUGUGAUGCACUCCGUGAGUAGUCUGACACAAAACACACAAAACGUCUUUUUUUAAUAGAGCCUGUUGAGAGUUCCCAGCCUACAGGCGGCUGAUGUUACCGAUGCAGAUGUAGUUUGCGUCCUGUGUACUUCCAUCUGAGGGCGACGGAGUCAAGUUUUUCAUGCUGUAAUAUCAAGAAAAUAUUAUCUAUCGUGUCAGGUGUGUUAUCUUGUGAGUCAGUAUUGACCAAAGAUGGGACAUGUCAUUCUGAAGUGGAGGGUGCAGGUUGACUAGUGUGUAAUUUAAAGUCUGCUUUGUAUUUUAAAGCGAUUAUAUUGGCUCUACUAUUGUAACGUGAGGAAAAUUAAAAAGGUACACAUGACAUGGGCUGAGCACAACGGGAAAGACAUGACCCCUUCUAUUGUACAGUUAUUACUGUUUUUAACGCUCAUCAUCAUCAUCAUCAUCAUCAUUGGUGCUCACUGAUGUUGUGAAACAUUGCUGUUUAGUGCCAAGGCUCUGUUUCUGUCACAGCUUCAGUCCAUUAUUAUUAUUAUUUUUUGUUUUUCUAAAUGUGUCAAUGUUACCACACACAUGCUGCCUCCUCAAAUACCCACGCACAAGAUUGGUGACACAGCAAAUUACAGCUAAGAUUUAGUUUUGGUGUCUCUUCAUUUAGAAUCAUGAUUUUUGUAUAUUUUUUUUUGUUUGUUAAGGUCUUGAUGGUGAAUAUGUAUCCAGCCCAAAUCAUGAAAUUCCCCUCUUGAUAUCAGCAGGCUGAAUGCUGAAAUGAAUUUGAUUGUAUUACUUAUUAAAAAGAGUCGGUAUGUCAUCAAA